AUGACUCAUUUCAUAACUAAGGGUUCAAAUAAAACUCAAGAAGAGAAACUUCUGAUGCCAUUCACUUACAUCCAACAAGUACCUGGAAAACAAAUAAGAGCAAAACUAACAGUGGCAUUUAAUUAUUGGCUUCGAGUGAGUGAUGAAAAACUUAAAGCGAUUGGAGAGAUUGUACAAAUGCUUCACAAUUCAAGUUUGCUGCUGGAUGACAUUGAAGACAAUUCUAUAUUGCGGCGAGGGAUCCCAGUGGCACAUUCAAUUUAUGGUAUAGCCAGUACUAUUAACGCUGCAAACUAUGUUAUGACAAUUGCCCUGGAGAAGACAUUACAAUUGGGUCAUCCAUUGGCAACAACAGUGUAUACAGAACAACUAUUAGAACUGCACCGUGGGCAAGGAAUCGAAAUAUAUUGGCGUGAUAAUUUCCAAUGCCCAUCUGAAGAGGAGUACAAAGAGAUGACAAUAAAAAAAACUGGAGGUUUAUUUAUGCUGGCCAUUCGCUUGAUGCAGUUAUUUUCCGAAAACAAGUCUGAUUUUAGUAAGCUGUCUUCGAUCCUUGGACUCUAUUUCCAGAUUAGAGAUGACUAUUGCAAUUUAUGCUUGCAAGAGUACUCUGAGAACAAAAGCUACUGCGAGGACCUGACAGAAGGAAAAUUCAGUUUUCCCAUCAUACACGCAAUAAGAAAUCAAGAAGACGAUAACCAAGUACUUCAUAUACUGCGUCAACGGACUCGAGACGUGGAAGUAAAGCGAUACUGCAUCAAACUCCUCGAGAAGUGUGGAAGCUUUCAACACACUCGCGAUACAUUAAGAAGUCUCGAUUUGGAAGCACGAGCCGAGGUGGCACGCUUAGGCGGAAACCCGCAUCUUGAAGAAUUACUCGACGAUCUCCUCAAUUGGCAACGAAAUGAAAAAGAAAUUAAUUAA